UGUUCCACCUGCUGGCAGUGUUCCACCUGCUGACGGGGUUCCACCUGCUGACGGUGUUCCACCUGCUGACGGUGUUCCACCUGCUGGCGGUGUUCCACCUGCUGGCGGUGUUCCACCUGCUGACGGUGUUCCACCUGCUGACGGUGUUCCACCUGCUGACGGUGUUCCACCUGCUGACAGUGUUCCAUCUGCUGACGGUGUUCCACCUGCUGACGGUGUUCCACCUGCUGACGGUGUUCCACCUGCUUGUUCCACCUGCUGUCAGUGUUCCACCUGCUGACAGUGUUCCACCUGCUGACAGUGUUCCAUCCGCUGACAGUGUUCCACCUGCUGACAGUGUUCCACCUGCUGACAGUGCUCCACCUGCUGACAGUGCUCCACCUGCUGACAGUGCUCCACCUGCUGGCAGUGUUCCACCUGCUGGCGGUGUUCCACCUGCUGACAGUGUACCACCUGCUGACAGUGCUCCACCUGCUGACAGUGCUCCACCUGCUGGCAGUGUUCCACCUGCUGGCGGUGUUCCACCUGCUGACAGUGUACCACCUGCUGACAGUGCUCCACCUGCUGACAGUGCUCCACCUGCUGGCAGUGUUCCACCUGCUGGCGGUGUUCCACCUGCUGACAGUGUACCACCUGCUGACAGUGCUCCACCUGCUGACAGUGCUCCACCUGCUGACAGUGCUCCACCUGCUGACAGUGUUCCACCUGCUGGCGGUGUACCACCUGCUGACAGUGUACCACCUGCUGACAGUGCUCCACCUGCUGGCAGUGUUCCACCUGCUGGCGGUGUUCCACCUGCUGACAGUGCUCCACCUGCUGGCAGUGUUCCAGCUGCUGACAGUGUUCCAGCUGCUGACAGUGUUCCACCUGCUGACAGUGUUCCACCUGCUGACAGUGUACCACCUGCUGGCAGUGUUCCACCUGCUGACAGUGUACCACCUGCUGACAGUGUUCCACCUGCUGACAGUGUUCCACCUGCUGACAGUGUUCCACCUGCUGACAGUGUACCACCUGCUGACAGUGUUCCACCUGCUGACAGUGUACCACCUGCUGACAGUGUUCCACCUGCUGACAGUGUUCCACCUGCUGACAGUGUUCCACCUGCUGACAGUGUUCCACAUGCGGGCAGUGUUCCACCUGCUGACAGUGUUCCACCUGCUGACAGUGUUCCACCUGCUGACAGUGUUCCACCUGCUGACAGUGUACCACCUGCUGACAGUGUUCCACCUGCUGACAGUGUUCCACCUGCUGACAGUGUUCCACCUGCUGACAGUGUUCCACCUGCUGACAGUGUACCACCUGCUGACAGUGUUACCGCGGCGCUUUAA